GGCACAAUACCCAAGAUGCAUGAAAUCAUCACACUCCAGCUGGGUCAACCGAGCAAUUAUCUGGCAACGCACUUCUGGAAUGCUCAGGAGUCGUACUUCACUUACUCUGACGACACCGAAUCGCCCAUCAACCACGAUGUGCACUUCCGGUCGGGCAUCGGCGCCGACGGCUCCGAGACCUUCAUGCCUCGGACCGUCAUCUACGACCUAAAGGGCGGCUUCGGAUCCAUGCGCAAGAUCAACGCCCUGUACGACGCGCAGCAGGACGACGACGCCGCGCCGCAGGCCCUGUGGAGCGGCAAGACCGUCGUCCAGCGCCAGGAGCCCAUCCAGGUGGCGGCGUACCAGCAGAGCCUGGAGGUCGGCGAGCCCGCCGAGCAGCUGACCCCGUCGGCGGUGCGGUACUGGUCCGACUUCAACCGCCUCUACAUGCACCCGCGCUCCGUCGUGCAGCUGAGCGACUACGAGCUCAACUCGUCCCUGCGGCCCUUUGAGCGGUGGCCCACGGGUGGUGAGCUCUUCUCGGAGCUGGACCGCGAGCAUGACCUGCUGGACCGUGAUCUGAGGCCCUUUGUCGAGGAGGCCGACCACAUGCAGGGGAUCCAGCUCUUCACCACCAUCGACGACGCAUGGGGUGGGUUUGCCGCGCGCUACGCGGAGCGCCUGCGGGACGAGUAUGGAAAGUCUGUGAUCUGGGUCUGGGGUCUGCAGGAUUCGGCCGCGGGUCUGAACAGGGAGAAACGCAUGUUGAGAAUGUCAAACAAGGCACAUGCCUUGACGGAACUAUACAAGCAGGCCUCGAUACUAGUACCGUUCUCCAUACCACGGUCGCCAAAUUCGCGUCCCAACGUGGCACUGGACGUCUCAUCCUCGUGGCACAAAUCAGCCUUGCUCACCACGGCUUUCGAGACAGCAGUUCUUCCAUCCCGGAUGCGGGAAGGACCCGCCAGUGACAGGCUGGACGGCAUGGCUGACUGGCUGAACGUGAUGGGCAAGCAGACUAUUGCCAACCUGCAAAUGGACGUCGUCAGGGAAGAUGAAGAUGAAUCGGCGAACGAUUCGAGGCAACCAAAUUUCCUUGACAGAUACAAGGAGGACUUUGAAGAUGACACGACAGCCGACGUUGAUCUUCCGAUAGACUUUACUGCUGGUGACGAUCUUGGUGCUCCUCAAAGGUCAAGUAACCGCCGGAAACGCCAUGUCUUCGGUCAGACCAUCUCUGUUCGCGGCAUAUCUGCCAGCGAGAAUCAGACGGUCGAAGGCAGCCGGUUUGCUAGACAAUACCAAUCAUCAGGGAAGGCGUCAGUGCGCAGCUAUUACACGGACCUCAGAUUCCCCCAACCGGACAGCUUCCCGAACAUUUACACAUCCAAAUCUGGACAGCCACUAAAGAGCACACUGCCAGUCGUUGCCUCCCUCACAACAGAUAGCUCUACUUCCGAUCGGCUCAAGCUCCUCCGAACGACCGUGUUCCGCAGUAUUGGUCUUGAGGAUAGGGAAAACCUUGGCAACGAGCUUGCUCAGAUGGCUGACGAGUACCACGAAGGUUGGUCGAGUGGAAGUGACGACGGCGAUGAUGAGGACUAGUCUUGUGUGUUAUCCAGGAACCUGCAAUCACUGAAUCAAACGAUUUAGUAGCACCAAAGGCCGGCUACCUGAGAGCUUUGAGAGUCUCAAAGGUGAAAUCUUUCUUAUGAUCGAAGAGCGGAUCCAUCUUUGCAGCGGGUCAAGGAUCGCCAAGCUUUCUCAAUAGCUGUUUGAAGCCGGUGAGGAAGUUUUACUUGAUGAAAGUAACAUUGCGGUCGAUAAACAGAGUCGGCGAAACCGUGUCAUCCGUGAGGAAUGGACUUCCUUCACUCUGUGAAUUGAUAAGACAGCCCGCCAGGCAGUAGAGAGAGCAAUAUGCUGAGUCUGCCACUAUGGCACUCGUUGAUGUCUUCGUAUUUAUCCAUACCCAGAGGCCGCACUUCGGCAAGCUAGCCUACCUAGCCUAUACGUAUUGGUUCUCUCAGAUCUCCUAAGUGGGAGGACUGCCUAAUGAACAGGGAUAAUCAGCUCCAGAUCGGAUCAAUCCAGGUGCGUGUAGCCCUGAAGAGCACAUUUAAGCCAGAAAUGCCAGCGGUACAGGCAGAAUGUGUGAUGUUGACGGGCUUGUCCAAUCAUCACGGUCGGUGCGCUUCCGAUUGAGAGAUUACUAUUACCCAGUAUGCUUGAUAGCUUUGUUGCAUAUAAACUUGGCCGUUUUGGAGACCGUACUGCGACUUUUCCAUGAUAUCAAUCAUCAAAAUUAUGGUGAAUAGAGAUAUACUUGCAGUAGCCAGCGUCUCGAAUCGUCUUAGAUACCAAAUUGGAAUACGGUGGUGCCCUCCCUACAAAAGAGCAAGAAGUCCGC